GCUUGUUAUAUAGGCUGCCUGUCAGCUGACCCUCCCGCAUUGCAGACUGCGCAGCCCGAAAGAAAAGCUGACAUGCAGCGCUCCGCUCUCCUCGUCGUCCUCUGCUCGCUGACGGCGGCUUUGUCAAGCCCCCUCCUACUGCACAGAGAGUGUGCAAAAGGUCCUGAGGUAUGGUGUCAGAACCUGCAGACUGCAUCUCAUUGCAAUGCAGUUAAGCAUUGUCGGCAAACUGUUUGGAACAAGCCUACAGUGAAAAGCAUCCCUUGUGACUUAUGCAAAGAAGUUGUAGCUGUGGCUGGCAAGGUCUUGAAGGACAAUGCCACGGAGGAGGAAAUAAAUGCCUACAUGACUAAAGCAUGUGAGUUUCUUCCUGACCAAGAACUGGUAUCUCAGUGCAAGGAAAUGGUGGAUGCUUACUUGCCAAAUAUUCUGGAUAUGAUCAAAGAGGAGCUUGAUAAUCCUGAAGUUGUAUGCAGUGCACUCACGUUGUGCCAGUCUCUUCAGAAGCAUCUGGCAACAUUGAAAUUGCAGAAACAGCUUCAGUCUAACAAGAUUCCUGAACUAGAUUUCUCUGAACUGGCAUCUCCCUUCAUGGCUAAUGUGCCAUUACUACUUUACCCCCAGGACAAACCCAAGCAAGAAUCUCAGGGAAAUGACAAUGUGUGUCAAGAUUGUGUUAAGCUGAUAACUGACCUUCAGGAAGCCGUGAGGACCAACUCAACCUUUGUGACUUCUCUCAUUGAGCAUGCCAAAGAAGAGUGUGAACAAAUUGAACCUGCAUUUGCUGAUCUGUGCAAGUCCUACAUCUCCCAGUAUUCAGACUUAGCCAUCCAGAUGUUGAUGCAUAUGCAACCCCAGGUUCUUUGUGGCAUGGUUGGAUUGUGUUCUUCUCUGAAAUCUGUGCCUCUCCAGACUCUGGUACCUGCAAAAGUUAUCUCUCAAGAAAAGGUAGAACCAGUUGAGAAUAGCUUGAGUCAAACAGAAUCUUUCUCUCUGUGUGAUGCAUGUACGAUAAUGGUAGAAGAGGUGGCCAGCCUUCUGGAAAGCAAUAAGACAGAGGAGGAGAUGGUUUAUGGAAUGGAGAAAGUCUGUUCUGUGCUACCUGAAAAAUACCGACAAGAGUGCAAGGACUUCGUGGAUGUCUAUGGGAAGUCUAUAAUUGACAUGCUUUUGGAAGCAACUGAUCCUAAAAUGGUGUGUGUGAUGUUGAGGUGCUGCUCAGACAAUACUUUGCCUGCUGAAAAAAUUGUUCCAGUGCAGCCGCAGGUUGGGGACAUCUGUGAUGUCUGCAAGAUGAUUGUUGCAUAUGCUGACAAGGAAUUGGCAAAAAAUGCUACCACUGCUGAAAUUGAAGAUUUUCUGGAAAGAGUCUGCCGCUACUUGCCGGCGUCUGUCAGUGACCAGUGUGUUCAGUUUGUGGAGCAGUAUGAGCCAAUGGUUGUGCAGCUAUUGGCAGAAAUGAUGGAUCCCACUUUUGUGUGUAGUAAACUUGGAGUUUGUGUGACAUCAUCACAUUCCAUUUUGGGAUCAGACGUAUGUGUCCGGGGACCUGGUUAUUGGUGUAAGAACAUGGAAACUGCAGCCCAGUGCAAUGCUGUUGAACACUGCAAACGUCACGUGUGGAACUAGAAGAGGCGCACUGGCUUUGGCCAAAACUUUCGUUCUUGAAGAAAAUGAGGCGAGCAUUAGGCUGGCAAGAAUGAAACCUUGGUAUCCUGAUCUCUCCUCCUCUCCUCUUGACCCCCACCUCCAUUGAAGUUCCUUUUUAUGAAUUUUCUGGUAGCCGUGCUACUACCCUGGAAGAAUCCACAACGUUGACUUAAUUGGAGUUUUAGUUGUUUAUGAUCUGUAAGAAUAAACGGUAAAUCAUCAAUGUUGAUCAAUUGGCCUGAGUGCCUUUGAGAAGGAGUGCUUACAGUAUGUAAGUAAACGAAGGACACCACUGCUAUAUCUGGAUAUUAAACAUAGCGACUAAUUUUUAAAGGCGCUCUUUUUGGUGACUGGCUUGCUAGAAUAUGUGUCUUUAAUGCUGUUCAUUAAAACACCUGUUGAAACUA